GCUUUGUUUCUCGCGCCUCGAGCUCGAUCAAGGUUUGUCAUUCUUGAUCUGGCCUUUGUUGAACACACAAUCUUUGAGACACUCUUCUUUGUCUAUCUAUCGAAAUUAAAUUUCUCUCCCUCCUUCGAUACAUGCUGAUCGAACUCAUUUGAACCACCCAGGCGCACUGCCCGCGCUUUGUUUUCCUCCGAACGACGCAACCCGCAAGGAAGUGACUUGUGAAACAUUUCCUAAUAACACCACACCCACCUUUCCCUUCCAGCUAUCUACUGUCUUCGGGAUCAACAUGAAGAACGGUAAAGCUUCGCGAGGCCGUUCGGGUGUUUCGGACCGUGGGGGCAUCCGCAAGCGGGGUGCUCCGACAAGGGUUGAUCGAGAUGGCGACCUGGCUAUGGACGCAGGUGCCGGGCGUGGGAAGAGGUCUCGUGGAGAUUCCGGUCGCCCUGCUCCCUCUGGAACGAGGGCCCCAACGCGCGAUAGAACUAUCAACGCUAUUCAAAAGGCUCUCUCCAGCAACACCAGUUCACAAGCCAAUAUCCGACAAGGCGGCCGCGGCGGGGGCCUGGAACAGGUUAUCGUUCGUGGAUGGAAACAGAGCAAAGCCGCAUCAAACCGCGAUGGCGGUCUUGAAAGCCUGAUUACCUUUCUCGAGAAAAAACUGACUUCGCCCGACUCGAAAGCUGGCCCACGCGCAAGAAUUUCAAAGUCGCGGGUUGAAGGAGACGCUCUCAUUGCGUCUAUCCGACCGGAAUUGUUAGAUAGGAUGCUUCAACUCAAUGGCUUUAGUUUUGCAGGCGCCCCUCUGACGAUCGAAAAAUACGACCAGUCCCUGGGCGCGUUGGUGGUAGAUCAACAAAUGCGGACGCCGAAUGGCACUUCUCCGUCUACUGCCGACACAAAAUCGAAAAUGACAGCGAUCCUGUCGAAACGAUACUACGAACAAUCCAAGCUACUCGAUCUCUCUAAGUUAGGGAGUGACCCGGAUCUAGUCGCGAUGGGGAUUUUCGGGACGAGUUCCACAGAAUCGAAGUUCUUCCCCGCCCUGAUGAAGGUGUGGGAGUUGAACUUCGACGAUGUAAAGGCACGACGUGAGGCGGUCGAAAGUGUCAGCCUUGCAGAUAACCAGCUCGCUAAUAUUGCUGUUGUUACAACCCUUGCUCAGACAUUUCCCGAUCUGAAAAAUCUAGACUUAUCCAACAACAACUUUAAGGAUGCCCAGGCCAUGAUGGCAUGGCGAUGGAAGUUCCGAAAAUUGACAUUCCUUGACCUCACUGGCAAUCCUUUCUGUACCGAUCCCACGUUCAAGGAUACCAUGCUCAAGUGGUAUCCCGAGCUCAGGACUCUCAAUAACACCCAAGUACGCACUGAAGAGGAAGUGGCUGCCCAAAAGAAAACGCCGAUCCCCAUUCUAGCGCCACAUUUCCAAGAUGAAUCCCAAAUCGCGGAGAACUUCAUUCGAGCCUUUUUCACUGGUUUUGACGCUAACCGCGCCGAACUCCUCGGCGGCUUUUACGACAGCAACUCCACAUUUUCACUAAAUGUCAACACCUCGGCCCCAAGAGCACUCCAAACUGAACCAGCUCCUUGGGAUCCGUAUCUUAAGAAAAGCCGAAAUCUUCUGAAGAUCAGUCACCUACCCGCACGAAUGUCCCGCACCUACGUGGGCGCCGACAAAAUCCGCGAACUGUGGACCACCCUUCCCCAGACCAGGCAUCCCGAUAUUGCGACCCGCCCCGAGGAAUGGCUCAUUGAAUGCUACCCGAUCCCAGGGUUGCCUGAUAUGGCGGGCCAAAGCUCAACCGGGAUAGGGGGGUUCCUUAUCAUGGUGCAUGGGAAGUUCGAAGAAGACAACUCUGGGAAGGUCGAAACCCGAAGCUUUGACAGAACCUUUAUUCUUGGACCCGGUGGAGGAGUAGGAGGUAUUAGGGUUAUCAACGACGUGCUCUGUCUGCGAGCUUAUGGUGGCCACGAAGCAUGGCAACCAGAAAUACAGCCAGCCGCUGCUGCCCAGCCCGUGGUAGCUGCAACUGCAGUAGGUGCACCUGGUGCUGACGGGUACGGCAUGCCAGCUCCUGGAAAACCCGAUGCGCAGGUCCAACAGGAGCAGUUGGUGAUGCAGCUAAGUGCCAAGACGAUGAUGACGCUGCAAUUCUCCGAGAUGGCACUCUCAGGAAACGGCUGGAAUAUGGAAGCUGCCCUGAAGAACUUUGAGGAGUUGAAGACUCAGGGACAGUUACCUCCCGACGCUUUUCUUCCAGGAACCAGCGUCUAACGUUGGAAACAAACUCUACAACUAUGAAACACCACCACACUACUGGAUUUGCAAGGAGGAUUCCGAUUGCUUUGUUUACUUGUUUGCUGUACUAUGGUUUAUUUGACGGUUGCAUGGCUGAGGCGAAUGGUUGCUACAGGUUUCUCCUAUUAUUCCCGAUAUAUUAUUGUAUUAUAAAGAACCACGACGAUUAUGUCUAUAGAGAAAGGGCGGAAGAAUUGACCCAAACUGGAGUUGACUCAACUUGAUUUAUACCAUCC